GUUUUCCGAUGUAAACAUACUGUGACGUCAUAAUGAAAUAGRKCAAUUGCAGUGUCGAUAUAGCCUGAGUUCAUCCAGCGUUUACCGUCUUUACCCGUAAACGCGGUCUGAGAGUGAGUGGUUAAAAUAAAAAAUAAACCGCAUGUACUCAGGCUAUGUAUAUACCGAAUACAAUAUGUAUUUUAAAGUGCCUUGAACAGCUAAUAUUUGUGCAUUUGCAAUAACAAAAWUAAUCAUAUUUUGUCCCAAACAUACCCUACAAUGCAUUGAACAUGUGGUGUACAACUAUAUUUCAAAAAACGUCGAGGAGAACUACGAUUCGUGAGACGUACUAGUACAACGCCAAGUCAUGGAACAUUUCUCUUUUCUUGGGCUUCCUGUCCCACAAGAAGUUCAAGUCCGCGUAUGUUUUGAACGCGGUUUUCCGCAUGAAAACACGCGCGUAGUAGUCCAGACAUCAACAAUGAAAAACAAUUCUCGGAGUUUUUACGAUAUUCUAAGAACACCUUAACAGUGGAUUCUCAAUUCAAAUGCUMAAACUUUUACAGAAUCAAACCUGUAGAGCCUGAAGUAUAUAAUCUUCGCAAAAAGCUGCAGAAUUGAUGAAAAUUGUGAAGAUCUGGUGGCUUGUUUUCAAGUCCAACAAAAAUUCUCAACUUCAUCGGCCUGCUAUAAAAGAUAUAUUUGAUGAUUUACAUUCUAAGUUAUAUUUUGUUGUGAUGGAGUUAAAAAAUGGAUAGUUUCGCUCCUAUUUCGACGGCGUAUGUAGGGAAUUUGCGGUCUGAUAGAACAAGUGAAGAACUCCAGAGAGAAAUACAGAGUUUAUUUGAAUCGAUUGGAGUUUCUAUUCAGCUUGAAAAUAUCAAAGUACAUCGAAGGUCGACCAAGAAGCCCGCUUAUGGCUUCGUAAGUCUCAAAGAUAAAGAAACUAUUGAUAUUUGUAUCGAGAAACUUAAUGGAUUUGCUUCAGUAGAUGACAACGAGUUGAUAUAUCCUGGGAAGCUUUUAGAAGUCAAUACAGCACGGAGAAAAGAGCCAUUCGAAGUUGAUAAAAAUGUACCUAAAGUUAGGCACAGAAAGGGCAAAAAGCGUUCAAAAAAGGCAAAACAUAAAACCACAUGUGCUUCAAAUAUAAAAGCUGUUCCUGUAACAAGUGAUCCUAUAAUAUGUCCAGUUGCCAUAUCAACAAAUAUACCAAAUAACACCAAUCAUCCUGCGAGACCAGACCCUGAGGAGAGGUAUUACUUUGUGGGCCAGAAACUUGGAACAGAGGACAGACUUACCGAGUACAAGCAGGGRGGUGGGAACUACCUUGAUAUAAGAUUUAAAAUUCAUCUUGAGAAGUAUGUGUGUGCAUUCCUCAACAGCGAAGGUGGAACAUUGCUUGUUGGUGUUAAAGAUGACUGCACAGUUUGCGGUGUUGAGAUAUCAUCCCAACGUGAAGAUCAACUAAGAUUGGAAAUUGAUAAAACCAUGAAGGGUUUCMAUCCUCAUGUCUUCACAAACUUGUACAAAGUCAACUUUGUUCCAGUUUAUCCAUGCCCACUARCACUAAAAUCCCAAGCUGGACAACUAGUAGAAACUAAGGGCUCUUCUGCUGUAGAUAUUCUAGGAGUAAAUGCAGUUUCAGACUCUGUUUAUAAUGGCGAGAGUGAUAACUCUACAGAAACAAGCCUAGAAAUCAAAUCUAAAAGGCUUCCRCCCCUGAAUCUGAGUACAUCAAAAGCCACAGAAAUAAUUACAGAAUUUCCCAAUACURAAUGCAAUAGUUUUCCUCUCAAUGAAAAGUCAGAUAAAAMUCAAAAAGACASUGCRGCUCCACUAGAGGAUCUACRUUUCACCUGUACAAAACUUGAAACAGAUGAAAAUCAUGUAAAAAAUAAUUUAAAAGUGAUUGAAGUUGAAGUGCACCCACCUUAUUGCCCUACUGGUGAACUAAGCUUGUAUGAGAAUAGCAGAGGUGAGGUGUAUGUAAGAAGAGAUGGGAGUAUUCAGGGUCCUUUGAAAGCAAGUCAAAUACURGAAUGGAGUAARCAAAAUUUGGGGCAAACCUAUUACUUAGAAAGAAAMCUUCUGCUACAAGAAAACCAAAGAAAACAACAUGAAAUUGAGGAACUUGUCAAACAAAAGAGGUAUAUARAAAACCAACAUCAAGAAAAGAUWGAAAAGUGGCAAGAAAAAGAGGAAAAUUUGACUGCKGAGAUUGAUUUAUURAGAACUCAAGAGUUGARGAUGAAAGGAGAGUUAGAUCAGAUUAAGAGAACUAGAUCCAAAGUUUGUGUUUUAAUUUAAAAUGUAGAUGAUAUUUUUAGACUAUUUUCGGUUUAUCAAAUAAAUUAUAAUAUUUCAAAAUUGCAACUAAACUUAUGUAUUUAGAAACUAUUAUCCAGUCUAUCACCAGGGCCGUCGGAGCGUUUUUUUAGCGGGGAGGCUACUAACAUAAAAAAGCGAUCUAAGUAUUUUAUCAUUAAGACAAAAACAAAACAAAAUAAAACAACAACGA